AUGUCUUCUAAGACUGAGUCUUCAAUGGGAAUUUCGGUUCCCUCCUUUUCUCAAACUCUCAACUAUCUCAUUGCAACGGUUGUUGUCUGUUAUGCUGGGUACAAGUUGUUCACCGGUCAUGGUGAAGAUAUCAAUUUUGGUAAAUUCCUAACAGCCACAUCACCCUAUAUGUGGGCCAAUUUGGGUAUCGCUUUUUGUAUUGGUCUGAGUGUUGUAGGUGCGGCCUGGGGUAUCUUUAUUACAGGUGCUUCUAUUAUCGGUGCUGGUGUGCGUGCUCCAAGAAUUACCACUAAGAACCUUAUUUCGAUCAUUUUCUGUGAAGUUGUGGCAAUCUACGGCCUUAUUAUGGCCAUUGUGUUCUCAUCCAAGCUUACUGUUGCUCCUGCAGAAACGAUGUUUUCCAAGUCUAAUCUUUACACUGGUUAUUCGCUUUUCUGGGCUGGUAUCACCGUGGGUGUUUCAAACUUGAUUUGUGGUGUUGCAGUUGGUAUUACUGGUGCUACAGCCGCUGUUUCUGACGCAGCAGACUCUGCAUUAUUUGUCAAGAUCCUGGUUAUUGAAAUCUUUGGUUCUGUUCUGGGUCUUUUGGGUCUGAUUGUUGGUCUUUUGAUGGCUGGUAAAGCCACUGAGUUCAAAUAA